AUGGGAGUGGAAGUAAAUGGGGAGAGAAGCCCCAGGCUGUGCGAUGACACAGCUCUGCGACAGUAUCUGACCAAGAGGGAUGCCUUGAUCCAAGAAGAGAGAAAGCAGCGACAUGACCACCAUUUCCUACAGCGUUCUCCGUCCGCAACAGUCGUCCAAGCAUGCAACAUUGUCUCUGCCAUCCGGGCGCGAGAGCUCACGCAUGAUUUGAGCAUGAGCGCUGGCGCUCUGGUAAGGGAUACUACCUCGCCAGGAGCGAUGUUCAACCCGGCCAAGAGCCGAGUGCACUCCACCGAUUUGUGGAAGAUAGUGCGUCGGAUGCCGAAGGGCUCACUUCUGCAUGCGCAUCUCGAGGCCCUGUUCGAUGUGGACCACUUGGUCACGCAAUGUUUAGCUACACCCGGGAUGUACAUUUGCGCUGAGAAGGAGAUCAUCUCCUCGGUGGAUUUCGACAAGGAGCCCUUCUCCUUUCGGUACUGUUCCAAGGUCCCGGAAAGGAAAGGGUCAAUCUGGACCGCAGACUACGAGUCUGGGUCAUUGGUCCCAGUCACUUCUGCGGCGCACGCAUUUCCACACGGUGGUGAAGCGGGAUUCCGUUCCUGGGUGAAAAAGAGAUGUACUAUCGGGGCUGACCGUUCUGGCCACGUCCAUGAUGGAGCGGAUGCUGUUUGGGAUCGGUUCAAGCAGAUCUUUCCCAUAUUAAUCAGCAUGGCGUUCUACGAGCCCAUUUUCCGCCGCGCUUUACACCGACUGUUUCGAGAACUCGUUGAUGAUGGGAUCCAAUACGUGGAGCUCCGCAUGGGGUCGGCGAUUCCCUUCCAGCGCGAAGCACAAGAUACCCCGGAUGAGGACCAUGGAUAUCUACUCGAGGUUGUGCGCGAGGAAAUCUUGGCGUUUCAACAAACCAAGGUCGGUAUGAACUUCUACGGUGCUCGCAUCAUCUACACAGCCCCCCGGAUAUCUUCAGAACAAGAGCUAGUGGCUCGGAUGGAGCGCUGCAUUCAUGCAAAACAGCAGUUCCCCCAACUCAUCUGCGGGUUCGACCUCGUGGGGCAAGAAGACCGGAGAGCCCUAGUCGACCUUGUUCCGGUCCUGCUGUGGUUUCGUCAACGGUGUAGCGAGGAAGGGGUUGAGAUCCCGUUCUUUUUCCACGCGGGCGAAUGUCUGGGCGAUGGAGAUGCAACCGACCAUAACCUAUUCGAUGCAGUCCUGCUGGAUUCACGCCGGAUAGGCCACGGGCUUUCUCUCUACAAACAUCCGCUGCUGAUUGAUAUCGUGAAGGAGAAGAACAUUCUGAUCGAAUGCUGCGUCGUCUCAAACGAGGUCCUGCGUCUCACCAGCUCGAUCCAAACGCAUCCUCUGCCAGCACUCCUGGCCAGGGGCGUCUCGGUUUGCCUAUGCAACGAUGAUCCGGCGAUCUUCGGGCAAGGGAUGAGUGGACUGAGCGUCGAAUUCUGGCAGACUUUGCAGGGGCUUGAGAACAUGGGACUGGCGGGUUUGGCUGCCAUGGCUCAGAAUUCCAUUCGAUGGAGCUGCUACGAGGAUCUCUCCUCCGAGGAGUGGCGGUCACAUCUGCAGAACUCUGAAAGUGAGGGCAAUGGGUUGAAUGCAAUGCGCCUUCGCCAAUGGACGACGCAGUUCGAAGCGUUCUGUCAGUGGAUUGUGGACGAGUUUGAUCCGAAUGGGACAUUCAGCUGA